AUGGCGCUCGCCGCCGCCGUGGCAGCAGUGGCCGCCUUUGGGGCCACCCUCCCGGCCUCCCGGCCGCGCGACUCGCCGCCGCUCGCCUUCCCGCUGACCUCAGGCUUGGACGGGCCGAAGGAGCCGUUCCCAGACCUGCUGACGAGCGAGGCGAGCAAGUCGCUCUCGCUCAUUGUGCCCAUGUACAACGAAGAGGAGCGGCUCGGCGUCAUGAUGGACGAGACCAUGACCUACCUCGAGGGCCGUGCUCAGGCCGACCGCGGCUUUUCCUACGAGCUCAUCCUCGUCGACGAUGGCUCGUCCGACGCCACCGCCGCCGUUGCCGCCGCCUACGUCGACCAGUUCUCGCCCGAUGUCGUUCGCCUCUGCCGCCUGCCGGCCAAUCGUGGCAAGGGCGGCGCGGUCCGUGCUGGUAUGCUCGCCGCCCGCGGCGAGAUGCUGCUUAUGGUCGACGCCGACGGCGCCACCCAGUUCUCCGACCUCGAUCGCCUCGAGGCUGCCCUCAAUGACCUUGCCGCAGGCCAUGAGCCGCCGCUGGCCGUUGCCGUCGGCUCGCGUGCUCAUCUGCAGGACGACGCUGUUGCCGAGCGCACCUUCUUCCGCAACCUCCUCAUGCACGUCUUCCACAGCCUUGUCUCCACCCUCUGCGUCUCGGGCAUCCGCGACACCCAGUGCGGGUUCAAGCUCUUCUCGCGUGCCGCUGCUCAGCUCAUCUUCCCACACAUGCACCUCGAGCGCUGGGCCUUUGACGUCGAGGCCCUCUACAUUGCUCAGCGCCUCGCCAUUCCUGUUGCCGAGGUCUCGGUCAAUUGGGAGGAGAUCCCGGGCUCCAAGCUCUCGGUCGUCCAGGCCUCGAUCCAGAUGGCCAUCGACCUUGUUCGGAUCCGCCUCGCCUACACCCUCGGCUUCUGGUCUGUGUAA